AUGCGCACUCUACUGCUCCUACCGCCCUCUAUCCUGCUAGCACUCGCAGACCCUUCGCCCACCGCCCUGCGCAAACUGCAUCCCGAUUCCUCAGAGAAGCUGUUCGCCGACCAUCUCGCCUUCUCCCCUGCAUUCCACCUUCCACUUGUUGUCGACAAUUAUGCUGCCGAGAACGUCACUGCACGCUUCUACGCGCGCGCAUUCUCGCCGCAUUUCUCGGGCGGCGGCUUCGGCAGCGGAUUGCUCGCCAAGAGGUCAUCCUGCCCUGCGAACAUGAAAUCGUGCACCAACACGGGGAAUCCCGCCAAGUGCUGCCCAGCAGGCACCAACUGUGUCGGUAUCGAUGACACGUCCGUAGGCAAGGUCGCGUGCUGCCCCGAGGGAUCAGAAUGCGGCGGUGGAGUGGGCGCAUGCCCAGAUGACAGCGUCACUUGCUCGGUGGAGCUGGGCGGAGGGUGCUGCAUCGCAGGGUAUGUCUGCAAAGGAGUAGGCUGUGUGAAAGCAGGGGACGGGAAUGAUGGAUCAGAGACGACCACAGUGGAAGAGACGAGCACAACGGUGGCGGAGGAGACGAGCACGACGACUGAGGAAGAAGCGGAAACUACCACAGCGCGCGAGACGUCGACCAAGGAGAGGACAACAACUGAAGAGGAAGAGAGCACUACUACGGCAGAGCCCAGUACGACUUCGGAGGAGGACACUGUCACGACCACCCAAGAGCCUACCGAUACAGAGACGGGCGCACCGCCGUUCCGACCAACGCUGACUUCAGAACCUGAAGACACCCAGACAGGCUGCCCUACCGGCUUCUAUGGCUGUCUUGCCACCCAUGGCGGUGGUUGCUGUCGCACAGACCGCAACUGCGACGUGCAGUCCUGCCCACCAAGCUCCUCGACCACGCUCAUCUCCGACGGCGUGACCGUGGUCGUGGAUGCCACUGACGUGCCAGAGGAAGAGGAAGGGACCUGUGCAGACGGGUGGUCUCUAUGCGGUGAUGAAGGAGGUCCGACGCCAGGGUGCUGUCCCAGCGGGUACAGCUGCGGGACGGCGAGCUGCUUCUCGGAGCAGAGGGCCGGAGAGACGGGGACGGUGCAAAAGGAGUUCCCUGACGAUGAUGAAGAUGACGCUGCGGCCAUGACAAGGCUGAGCCGCGUGUCGAUCAUGGUCGUUUUGGCCGGCUGGUUACUGAUGUGA